AUCUGCGAGGACAUUGUCUUUCAUUAUGAGAAACACAUGAUCAUGUCUGUGUAUGAAGGUUAUGACGAGGUCGACUUUGAACGUGUUGCCGCAAUGACUGGUAUUCAAGACGCCAACGAAGCCAAAACGGCUGUCAAGAGUGCUCUCUACAAUGGAUUGAACAAUACUGAGAUCAAGGAUGCUGUGCUGAAGCUCCAGCUUGAGAACAGCGAAGUCUGCCAAUGGUCUGGCUGUUCAAACCCCUUCUUGACACCUGGAGAUCUUUUUGAGCAUCUCAAGGAUCACAUCGGCAGCAAGCACACCCACAAUCUCAUCAGCCGUUGUCGCUGGAUCGGCUGCACUUUCACGGCAGACCUUCGUGGGGAGUACAUCCGGCAUAUGUACAAGCAUGUCCAAAACAUGCGCGAUGAAAAGUGUCCGUAUUGUGACAAGACCUACAUCAGAAAACAGCAUUUGGCUGUACACAUCAAGACAAAACAUCAGCCUGCUGCCAUCACCCAAGAAGGUGCUGCAGACAGUGCUGGUGAGGAGGCUGAGGAUGAGUCUGUGGUAUAG